UGCAUCUCACCAGCAUGCAACACACACUUCUGCUACCGCUGCGGCGAGUCCAUCGUGCAGUCCGCGCGCCGGCAGACGGUCAGCCAGGCGGUCUCAAGGCAUUAUACGCGGUGUCAGCUGUUUGAGAUACCCGGGAAUGCCGCUUAG